CUGUGCGGCGUUGCCUUGGGCUCCUGGGAUUGUGUGGACCGGAAAAGGACAUUUGUACCAACAAUCACGCGCUAUUUUGCUUUACUUGCAGGUACAAGCCACCACCGUGCUCCGGUAAGGUGGAUAUACCUCUCGCAAAGAGGCACACGAUCUUCCUCGAUAAUAGAGAGCGAAGGAGCGGAGGAUCGCGGGUUGUUUACCCAACACCAAUGUCGAGGCUGGGGGCUCUGCUGCUAGUCUGGCUAUGCCAUCUGCUGCUGACCGAGGGCCAGGAAAAGGUGUCCAUAGCUGUGAUUGGCUCUGGGAUAGGGGGCUCGGCAGCCUCUUAUUUUCUCAGGGAGGCGCUGGACGACGAUCUUCAUACCAAAAUCGUCGUGUUCGACAGUGCAACCAAGAUAGGGGGCAGGACAGCGCACUAUGUGCACGACGGGAAGGUGCUCGAGAGUGGCGCCUCCGUCAUCUACACAGGCAACGCCUACCUGUUCAACCUCACCGAGCGCGUCCACCUGAACAAGCUUGACCCCAGCAAGCAGGAAGGGCCGAACACGGGACUGUGGGACGGAGAACGGUUUGUCCUCAAGACGACCAGUUCGGGCAUAGCCAACCUCGCUCGCAUGGUGUGGCGAUACGGAAUGUCAUUGCUCAAGAUGAGGUCCAUGGUGUACGAGGCCCUAGCAAAGUUCGACCGUAUUUAUGACCUACAGGCGGACGGCAGGGUGUUCGAGACGCCGGAAGACCUGUGGAGCGAGGUAGGCCUUCUCGGUCUAGCACGGAUGACCAUAGCGGAAUACUUCGAACAGCGGGUCGGGCGGGCAGGGUCGUUGGUGGAGGUUGAGCUAGCGCACGCCGCCAACAGGGUAAACUACAACCAGGGCAACGGUCUCAACGCGCUCGCGGGUGUCGUCAGUCUCUGCCCGGCCGUCACCGGAGACCUGUUCAGCGUGGAAGGGGGAAACGCCCGCCUUUCAGAGGAACUCCUUGGCGUUUCGGCAAGCGAGGUACGACUCAACACUAGCGUGGCGAGAGUUGUCGGCAGCGCCAAGGGAGGAUACUCGCUCUACGGUCAGGGUGAAGAUACGCUAGGGACGUUUGACGCUGUGGUUAUUGCUACCCCGAUCGGACUGGCGGGCAUCUCCCUGGACAUGCGUGGAGAGGACGGGAGUCCAGAAACCCCGAUACAACCCUUGCCGGUCGUCAAAUACCAAGAGGUGCACACGACCUUCGUGCGCGGGGUUGUGGAUGGCGCGUACUUCGGCCUAGGGAAAGGCGAGGAGGUGCCGAACAGCGUGCUCCUCACCGAGCGGGCGGCUGGCCUGGCGUUCUCGUCCCUUGCGCUCAAGACCUGGGUCGGUGAUCCCGCUGACGGCGUCGGUGUUUACAAGCUCUUCUCGAGGCAAGAGCUGUGGACGGGAAUGCUGGACUCGUUGUUCGUUCAAGGCUCUUGGGAAAUCUUGCACCACCGGGAAUGGCGCGCGUACCCCGUUCUCGACCCCAAGAAGGCCUUCACUCGCGCCAAGCUGUUCGCAGGGCAUCCGGUUUGGUACGUCUCGUCGCUGGAGGAGGGCGUCAGCGCAAUGGAAGUGGUCGUCAUCGCCGCAAAAAAUGCCGCUCUUGGCGUAGCGGAGGCUCUGAGAUCCAGAAACAGCCAACCAGGUCGUGUACAGGAGGCCAACUUGGCAGCAGAUACGGGCAGUGUAGAUGCAGCAGCGAGUGCCGAGCUGUGACAUGUUGAAAAGGGUAACCAUGAUUUAAUACUGGUUCAUGCGUAUGGACAGGUUCUUUUCAAACGCUGUGCAAGUGAAUGUGUGCAUCCGGCAAUUGUAGCAUAUGUAUGAAUAAAUGUACAUGUUUCCCGACCUGCUUGUUUCGUGCAAGCUGCCCCUGAUGUCUCAGUUGUGUGUAGUCCUUAGACACGAGGCAGGUAUUUAACUCUCGAAGCAAGGUUAUGCCUGCGGAGAAAUCGCAGCUAUCAAGAUAGGGGAGUUUGUGUGUGCGAGUGAAAUUUCUUGUCAGACCCCACUCGCCGGCUGUGUGCUAAAUGUGAAAUAUGACGGGGGCGGGAGAUGCAACGGAGGCCUGCUGUGGGUGCUGGAAAGAUUGGUGGUAGCCUGUUCUCUGCUCACCGGGAAUCUUCCGAAAGGGGAAGCAGAUUCGACCCCAUCCUAUUAACAAUAUUUGGUAACUUUCGUGCUCGC